ACUGUGGUUACGGAGGUUGAUGAGAUAGAAAGGCGCCCAUUUCAUAGUCAAGGGUUGAGUUUUAGUUUUGUGGUAGCUCAGGGUGUUGAACUGUAGAUAUGAUUUGUUCCUGUUGCAAACUACUUCGUAAGUGUCUAUGUCCAGAAUGACAUGUCAAUGUAAAGCAUCAGGAAGGGAAAGCCAAGGCAAGCCAUGAGCGGACAAAAAACUGUACCUCUGAUGAUAGACUAGGUAGGAUCAAAUAAAAUUCCCCUCACCCUCAGAUUGACUCUCGAUUGAAUCUCUAGUUGUAUCAAUUUCGUGUCGCUGAAGGAUGAGAGUGCUCCUGACAAAGGAAUAAGCGGGGAUUACACCAAUUUCGAGCGAUGUCAAGUCGGAAGAAAUCGACCGGGCCUUCAACACGCGGUUCAUACCAUCACCCGUCGAUCGACAGUUCGGUGAAACCUUUACAUGACUACCAGCAACUUUUGAUAUCUGCAAUCGGCGUUAACUGUAUAAUUUCGCAAGCAGCUCCGAAGUUAACAAAGCGUUCUGAUAAAACUGCAGCGAGUACAACUUCUACGGGCCUUGCCGAUUUCAGCAUGCUUUUAUUUGUUACUGGCGUGUACAUAAGGAUGAUGCACUCUACCAUGAGCAAGUUUCUUGGCUUGGAGACUUACAUCACCGCUGCUUCCCUAGUGAUGGCAGAUUAUGCAGUCCUACUUCUGAUCAACACUAGAUAUAUCGGAGUAUUCAUCAUUCCAGUGAUCCUGCUUGUCUUCAUCGCAGCACUCUGCACCAAAUUGUGGGACAAGUCUAGUCCUUACAUUCAGCAGGAUUACAGAAUCAGCAGAGUUUCCUUACUACAUGUCCCCAACACUGAGUGGCUUCUGAAGUUGGCAACGCUGCCGUGCUGGUUGCAGCUUUUGUCCAGCACAAUACUGAAUCCAGAUAAUGAACAGCAAGACGAUACCAUUGUGUUCUCGCAGUUCCUCCUGUUCUUCAGCUCCGCACUCGGUGCGCUUGCAGUGAUGGUUGCCAAAUUACCCGCAGGUGUCAGCCCCGGUGCAGCUCAGGUUCUUCCAGUCCUGCAAAAGACCUGCAUUGUUCUGCUGCUGAUAACAGUUCACACGAUGGCUGCAGAAUGGAUUGGGGAAGAUGUCAUAGUAGCCUGCAUUCCAGGACUCGUUGCAGUGCUCGUGUGGUUCACCGUACAUUUCGACCAUGACGCGAGGAAUGCAACUGCAGUUAGCAUCGACAAUGUGUUGUCUUACAGAUCGCAAGCCGUCACCAUUCUCAGCUCUACCGUAGGGCUUCUCGCAUACCUGACUGGCUCAUAUGCUGCGUACGAGAGGGAACUUGUGAAAUCCCGGUGCAGGUGGAGCUUGUGCAUGGUUAGCUCCUCCUCUGCUCUUUCACACGUCAACUUGUGGAUGCUUCAGCACUGGCCGGAAAGAACAUUUCACUUGGAAGAGCUGCUAAAGCUGUUCAGGUUUUGCAGGAAAAUUUGCUUGAGCGCAACACUUGUGCUGGCUUUGAUGUCGAUCGGUGGAUGGGUUCGUAAUCUAAUAGCCGGUUCCAUAGCUAUUGUUUCAGCGUUGGUGGGGUUUGCGCUUUUCGUAACCAUGGGUCGUAAGCCUGAGCCUCGUAAUGUUUGUAGGACUAGGAAGAACGCUGCCAGCAGGUUUGGGCAGGACGAUCAAAAUCCAUCCUCGCAAAGAUUUUCGAAAGAAUCUCGGCCGUCCGGGGGUUUUUUUGCACCUGCCUUUGAGUCUUUUGGAGACUUUAUUGACAGGAAAUUGGGAAUUGCAAAUUAAGUCAACUAGUUGCCAACCUGGCCUGUGCAUUGUAUUGGCUAUUAUUAUGUAAAUAUUUGAAAGGAAUAUUAUUCGUACGUAUUGUUGAAAAUA